UUACUGCUGGACUAAUUAUGACCAUCGUCCCUUUUUCGUACGGAGGCCUCUCCCGUUCAUUUCGCCCUGCCUAAUUGAAAUCUGAAAGCCGCGUUAAUCCAAGAUCAGCUUCGUGGUUCUCAGAAUAUUCUUUGCCACCCCCCAAAAUCCCUUGAUCAUGUCUCGAAAAAUCUUUAUUCUGGGGUUCCUAUUCGGUAUUACUCCCUUGACUGUCGCCGACUUCAAAUUUAGCAGUCUCUCAAAGAAUACAUUGCAGCCAAAUCAGGUUAUCACAUUUAAUUGGACUCCCUCUAAUGGUGGGAAAGUCGACCUGCGAUUGCAAUCACAGGAUGCAGAUUAUUCGGACACCAUUAUAAAAGGUACAACCAACAUAGGGGCUUAUACAUGGACUGUCCCUUCGGAUAUACCGUCGGAUUCACACUACGUUAUCAACAUAUCCGAUUCCAGCGACUCCACGAAUACUGGUACUAGCGAUUCUUUCUCGGUUCAGGGUUCUUCAUUUUCCGUGACGACGAGAGCUUCUUCGACAUCAACAUCAAGUGCAUCUUCAACCUCAACAUCAAGUGCAGCUUCAACCUCAACUUCAGCUUCCACGACUUUUACAACUUCGACAUCCUCCGUAGGAGACACGCCUGCUACUACUCAAAGUAGUACGAGCACAACAUCCUUGCCCCCCUCACCUCAGACUUCGGCCACUACUUCAGCCAUCUCCUCCUCUACAGGUGUGACUACGCCCAACACCUCUAAUGGCGGUUUGUCAACCUCAGCACGCAACGCGAUCAUCAUAUCCUUGAUCCUGGCCGCCGCACUAGCCGGCUUUGCUGCAUUAUUCUGGCUAUUUCUCCGCCGCAGACGACGAUCAAAAGCUUCCGAGAUACCUGCCGAUGAUGGUACUCUCAACGCCGAAAAGAGAUAUACCGAUGACGGCAAAGGAUAUAUGUACAGCCCAACCCUCUCACAGGGUGUCAGGAGCUCCCAAGCUACACAGAAUACAGAACUAUGGCAUUACAAACCCGAACUACCGGGAUCUGAUCCAACGCGGGAGUCGGGAAUACAGUUUCUCGCACCCGUUGAGCUGCCUGCCUGGGAGCCAAGUGAGAUUGACCCAUUGACACAUGUCAGUAAUGAGGAACAGCAUGGUGUACAUGUAAAUGAUAUUCAUGAGAGCACCUCUCGACCAAACGAGGGGCCAGAAGCUUAAAUGUGAAUAUAGUGAAUUUAAUAAGGCAGUUAAUAUUAAUGAACUAAUACUGUUUCAUGUCGGUU